UAACUAAUGGAUUAUUAGAAUGUUUAGGAUUUAAUUUUUCAAAAAUGGAUUUAUGGUGGAGGAUAUCAUGAUAGUUUGGUGAAUCAAUUUAUAUUUAAUUUUCUUUUUCUUUUUUGCUCAGUGGGGAUUGCAAAAUUUACUUCCAGGUUGUCGUUUUGUCAUUUGUUUGUAUGAACUAUGAAGGGACUCGUUGUUUCCUUUAACUAACUGAUUAUUAGAAUUAUUGUGGCAAUCAACUGGAGGAGAUACCAUCUUUGUACACACCCGUUGCACAUAUGGAUUGUGGUUGACUACACUACAGUGUUUGUUUUCCGCCUCUUGAUGUUUGUGGACAAUGGACUAGCUGCUGGAAUGGGAUUGGAUUUUGGUUGGCAACAAAGAUAUGCCCGCUUCUGUGGAAGGACAGUUGUAUUAUCUAUUCUAGCUCUACUACUUUACCCAUUCCUUUGGGCUUGGACCAUUGUUGGUACACUAUGGUUCACUAGUGCAAGAAACUGUUUGCCUGAAGGUCAGAAAUGGGGUUUUCUUAUUUGGUUACUUUUCAGCUAUUGUGGACUCAUAUGCAUUGCUUGCUUAUCUACUGGAAAGUGGCUAACAAGAAGACAAGCACAUCAAUUGCGUGCACAGCAAGGAAUCCCCAUUUCUGAAUAUGGGGUUUUUGUUGACAUGAUUAGAGUGCCGGAUUGGGCUUUUGAAGCUGCUGGCCAAGAAAUGAGAGGGAUGGGGCAAGAUACAGCUGCCUACCAGCCAGGAAUUUACUUGACAACAGCGCAGAGAGAAGCGGUGGAGGCUCUAAUUCAAGAACUUCCCAAGUUCACGCUGAAGACCGUUCCUGUUGAUUGCAGCGAGUGUCCAAUCUGUUUGGAAGAGUUUCGUGUGGGAAAUGAGGUUCGUGGUCUUCCAUGUGCUCAUAAUUUCCACGUGGAGUGCAUUGAUGAGUGGCUUCGGCUGAAUGUGAAAUGCCCUAGAUGCCGUAGUUCUGUCUUUCCAAACCUCGACUUAAGUGCCUUAUCCAAUAUCCGUGCCGAUUCAGAGCGGCCAUCGUCCAAUGUACUCACUACAACUCAAUAUGUAAGAACCCAACCGCCUAGCCAGAGCUAUCUAUUGAGAUUACAGGGAUUGCUUCGUCCAGUUCAUGCGGAGAAUACCGGGGCUGUCAGUGAAGCAAAUAGUGUGGAAACAACUGAAAAUGGAGCCCUGCCACUUGCAACUCCUGGUCUAGCAACUACAGAGCCUGUACAGUUGGUAGUAGAACCGUCAAUCACCCCUCGACCUUGACCUACUUUUUGUGAUCUCUUGAAAGGUUCUAAUCUCUAACCACUGUUACACCUCCUCUUUUUUGUCUCUCUUUAAUCCAAUUACAAAGGAUAGAAUACGUUGCACAUCCUUUUGGUUUCAGGAAAAAAUUGCACCUUUGAUACCUAACCUAUUAUUUGACUAGCAAUUUGAUCCCUAACCUUUAAAAAUGAGCAUGUUGUUCCUCGACCUUCAUGCUAAAUUGUACAAAUUUUAUUUAUAUUUUCAUGCGGUGCUCUGGAAAUUAUGCCUCCUUCACAUAGAAUUCUUUCAGUAGAAUUUGUACUCUCGCCUAUAUUUUGAAGACCGUACCGUUUUUUUUUUUUAAUGCAACUAUUUAUUUAUUUUUUUAA